UUUUUAUCCAAUCAGAGCCCGAGCCUGAUGUUCUCCUAUUGACGUGUCGUAGUCGGUUUUUAUUGAGGAAAACACAGGGCUGUUUUUCAUGCUACUCCCCUGUCUAACCACCAGUUAUUACCAACAGAUAGAACAAUGUCAGAGCCCAGCAAGCAGGACAUUUCCACUAUAUUUAAGCGACUUCGCGCCAUCCCUACGAAUAAGAUUUGCUUUGACUGCUCAGCUAAAAACCCCAGUUGGGCCAGCAUCACCUAUGGUGUAUUCCUGUGUAUAGAUUGCUCUGGGACACACAGGUCUCUUGGGGUGCAUCUGACCUUUAUCAGGUCCACUGAGCUGGAUUUCAAUUGGUCUUGGUUUCAGCUAAGAUGUAUGCAAGUGGGAGGCAAUGCCAGUGCGAUGUCCUUUUUCAGUCAACAUGGGUGCACAACCAGCGCUGCCAAUACCAAGUACAACAGCCGAGCGGCUCAGCUGUACAGGGAGAAGAUAAAGGCUUCAGCCACACAAGCCACCAGAUCCCAUGGCACUGAGUUGUGGCUUGACAGUCAGGCUCCUCUCUCCCCAACAUCACCAGACGACAAGCAAGUGGAUUUCUUCAGUCUUCAUAUACAGGCUCUCCCUGAAAAUGUAAACACGGCAAACACGGUUCAAAUGUGUCUCAGCUCCUCCACAUCAGAGAAGCCUUUGACCAGGGAAAAAGAGGCGGAUGGUGAUCUACAUGAGGGCCCUAGUGUGGAGAUGCUGAGUGUUUCUACAGAAUCAAAUCUAGAGCCUUCCUCUCUCCUUAAGAAGAAGCCGACUGCCGCCAAGAAAACAUUGGCCUCUAAGAAAGGCGGUCUGGGCGCUCAGAAGGUUAGCAGCAAGAGUUUCUCAGAUCUGGAGAAGAAGGCUCAAGCUGCCGACAAGCUCAGAGAGAAAGAAGAGAGCACUGGUGCUUCCAAGAAUAGCAACCAACCUGAGGAAUCCAUCUCUCCAUCCCUGCGGCUGGCCUGUAAAGAUUUUGAGCAGCAGAGGAAAAUGGAGGAGAAGAAGUUGAAGGGAUUAGAGGGGAAUAAGAAAGAGCAAGCUGAGAGACUGGGCAUGGGUCUGGGCAUGAGGAGUGGAGUGUCUCACUCUGUGACAUCGGACAUGCACAUGAUCCAGCAGGAGAGUCCACAGGGGACAAAGACCACCAAAGCACGACGGUUCACAGAGGAUAUUGAUGAUGAAGGGUCCUUCAGCUCUAGGAUCUUGUCCCGGUUUGAUGAUCAAACAGAAACGUCCGAUAGUUUCUCCUCGCUGUGGGAUGAUAGAGGUGAAGGAGGCUGGCUCAAGGAGAGCAAAAAACCAGAGCCGGACUUCUACUUGACCUCCACUUUAUCAUCACUGAAUGACAGGCCCACAGCCAGAAGAAAACCAGAAGCAGUGCCAGUGUCGGACACAGGAGAAGCUCAGAAAAAGUUUGGAGGUGACGUGAAAGCCAUCUCUUCUGACAUGUACUUUGGAAAACAAGAUAACUCUGAGUAUGAGGCCAAAACACGACUGGAAAGAUACUCUGGGAGUGCCUCUAUAAGUUCAGCAGACCUCUUUGAUGAUCCAAAGAAACAGACUGUGAGUUCCUACCGUCUGACCAACGUGCUGCCCAGCGCUCCUGACAUGUCACAGCUCAAACUGGGCGUGCGCUCAGUGGCAGGAAAACUAUCCGUCAUGGCCAGCGGUGUAGUUAGCUCAAUUCAGGAUCACUACAGCUCCUGAGUCAUGGUUUGUGGCUUCUGUUCCAUUCAGCGCCCUCAUGUUUCCCUCUCUUUCACAGAGCUAAGUUUCCCAAUGAGGGGGGGGGUCACUUGUCCUUGGAGGAAAAGAGUAUAGUUGAUUUAGUUAUUGCUUAUUUUGCUUUGGGGAUUUAAAUAUUUAAAAACAAAUAUAUGUAGCCGAGGGUUUGUGGUGUUUUGAAGGAUGGAUUUGCGUUUUGAUUUCUUUAGUUGACGAGGU